AUGACUCGAACAGAAGAAGUUUCUUCCUCCACUUGUUUCGAAACGAAUACUCUCUCAUCCUCUUCAUUGAAAGGUUCUGAAUCGAAUUUGAGUCCUCAGAGUCCUCUCGUACAAAUUCCGACGGAGAGAGCAAGUACGAAGAGAGGAGAAGAGGAUGUUGCUACUACUUCUAGCUUUCAGAAAAUUCUUGUCAAUGAUUCGCAUGCACAUCUUGACAUUUCUAAAAUGGAAUUGCCUUCUCAUGGGCAACUGUUUUAUGAAUGGAAGAAAGUAUUGAGCUCUUCUUCGAUACCUCCUCAUGUGUUUGUAUAUGGCAGAAUUUCGAGAGAAUUUUCAUGUGAAUAUUCUAUCGAGAACUUGACCGUUCAACAGAAUGAUGGAUGGUAUGAUGAAUUAUUGCAAGUUGCGAAAAGGAAUCAAUUUUUACGAACUGCAACUGAUUCUGAAAAGGAAUGUUUUGUAAAUAUUGAGAGAUAUGUAUUGGGAGAUGAGUUUUUGAGUCAAGUAGAACAUGUGUUGAGUUCCAAAUUUAUGAAAAGUCAAAGUGAAAAGAUGAUCAAAAUGGAUUUGUCAUUGCUUUCAUCCAAUUAUGGUAAAGAGAAUCAUGUCGAUACGAGUGUCCAUGUCAAGGAUUUAAUUGAUGAUUACGGCUUGGUAUUGGAUGUGUUUAGUUUAUUAAGAUUUUGUCAUGCAAGAAAAUUCGAUGUGAAUGCUGUGAAAACAUUGAUUCAUGAGACCAUUGCUUGGAGAUUGUAUAAAAAACCACAUUUAAUUACGAAAGAGAGUGUACAGAGAGAAUAUUCGAAAAUGAAGGGCUUUUGGUUGGGUUACACCAAACAGAAUUCUCCUAUUAUUUAUAUUUAUCCACAAAAUCAUGUCACAUACGAUAGAGAUUUUGAUGAGUGCAUUAAUUAUACACUCUAUAUGGGAGAAUUUGGAAUGCAAAUGAUUCGAACCUAUAACGAAGAACAUGUAUUACCCAUGCUUCAAAAGAUGAAUCACAGAGUUGAUUUGAAUUACAUUGAAAAUGUGGUAUUGAAUCAAUAUGUAGAACAAUACACCAUUGUGUACGAUGGAAGGACUGUAGCAAUGAAGAAUUUUGAUUUGGCAGUCGUUAAGGAAUUUUUAACAUUAUCAAGCUACUAUGCUGAGAGAAUGAAAUGUGUGAUGGUGUACAAUCCAAAUUGGUCUUACAAGGUUCUCAUGAAGAUGGUCAAUCAAUUUUUAGACAAGAAAACUGCAGACAAAAUCAAAAUGGUGUACAAUAUGAGCGAAGUUGAUGAGUUUCUAGAUGUGACAAAAGUGCCACGGGAUUUUGGAGGGCAACUCGAUUACAAGUUUCAUUGA